AUGCCCCUCGCUUCACGCUCCGCCUGGCCAACUCACGUCCACACACGUGUGUCGCAGUGUCGUGGUGUCAUAUUGUCCAGUUUCACCGAGCCAUCCGCCUCCAGCGUGAACACGACACGCAGUCAAUGCCUUCGCACAAAACGCCUCACUUCCACGCCACCUUAUCGAUCGGCUGACCGACUGAUCGGCUGGCAUGGCGUAAUCGGGCCGCUGCAAAGUAGACACGCUCUCACGACUUAUCGCACGACAAAACUUCCCACCUGUUGCACUUAUCAGCUCGCCCCAAUGCUCCGCCAGCCACGCUCAAACUCAUCCACAUACACACACAAUACUGCACAAUCAGAUAAGCCGGCUGCCGCACGCCAGGCUGCAGCAACAGGGCAAGUCGGCGUCGCCUCGUUUGUCGACAGUCGAGCGGCUCGUCAGCGCGCUACUGCGCCGGCGCUGAAAGGGAGCACGUGCUGGGCGCUGAUCUGGCGCGAGUGUGUGUCUGCCCCAACCGGGCCCGAUCGAUGUCGGCCUACGUUGCGUCUCGUCCCUUUUUGGCACCCGACGGACCGUCUCGCGUGUCACUUGAGCACUUGCAAUCGGAUGCAUCAAGUCGAGCCGGCCCCUUAUCGAUCGGCGAGGCGGCCUUUCAGACAGGUCGCGUUCGCCGAGUCAGCCGGGCUCGCCAGUCGCAGGCCCUCGUGCUGCAAAAGGCCGCAGGCAGUGACGCCACGUCUCGCUGUCGCGGCGCCCACCCCAUCCGUGACCCGCCAGGCCCCCGCCCACGCUCGGUCUGACAAACAGACAGGCCUUGGUUCGGGCACGACGCCAUUCGGCUUAAGCAAGGCGGAAAGCGUCUCGCAUCGAUCGGCCUCGAUGUCGCAACAGUUUGGCGCCAAACUGCACGCAAGGCUGCUCAUUUUGCGACCAUCCAUCGACUCGUUCAUCCACUCUGCCGGCCACUCGCCAUUCUGUCAAUUCGAGCACAGCGCCUCGACGCCAUUCCACCUCGUCUCGGCCACCCCAACCGGUCGUCAAGGCCAUCUGCUCGAGUGGCGCCGAACCGAGUUGCGGCGAGUGGAGGCCAUCGUCGUGGCACUCGACGCCACGACUUCCGUUCCGCGUUCGCUGUCGCUUGGGCGACGGGAUGAAGAGCAAAAGAGCGGGUCAACGUCCAAUCGGCCAGACGCCCGACCCGAAGAGCGAGCAGGAAAAUGUGGUUUAGGCCAAUGGGUCAUUUGGGAACUGAUUUGCAGUCGGGUUGACGCCCGAAGAACCGGAAAAGUGCGCCAAAAAUGCCAAAAAGACACGUUUGUCACAGUCUCUAUUUGCCGAUACUGGCGUACAUUUGCCCUUGUUCGAGACGGCGCAUCGAAGGGAUUCGUAGAUUGGCUUGCGCCAAGAAGACAUCGCCUCGUCUGUCACCUCGUCCCCGACCUCGUCACAGCCAGUCCCGACUAUUCACGAAAAACCACCGCAAAACAGAAAACCACGAAAGGUUCCAUUACUUCGUCAACCUCAAUUGGCCAUCUUCACGAGACAUUGCAUCAUUUGCUCCUUCGUGCAUGCCAGCCAGGGGGUGUGGUCGCAACUUUUCUGUAUAUUAAUAAACUAGCACAUCAUCCAUACCAUCUUGUAUGUGUCUUGGUGUGUGUAUGUUUGUGUGUAUGUGGGCAUAGCAACCGCGAGUUGGUUGACAAUCAGGGUCCAAAAGCAGACUCAAGUCAAGUCAUGCUCAGUGGCUCUUUCUGUCACUUUUUAUUCUCUCUCUCUCUCUCUCUUUGCUUCUCUUGCACUCUCUUCGUCUCUUCAAGUCUAUUUGGCAGCCAGAGCUAA